AUGUCUCGACGAAAGCAAGCUAAGCCCCAACAUCUCAAAUCCGACGAGGAGCUACAAGCGGAGGUGCUUCCCGAACAAGCCGUGCCAGGAGAAGGAGCAGAUGAUGGUGAUAGUGGGAAUGAAAGCCGGAGUGGAAGCGAGGAAACAAAUGUUUGUGAAAAAUGUUGUGCAGAAUUCUUUAAGUGGAGUGAUUUCCUGGAACACAAGAAGAACUGCACUAAAAAUCCACUGGUGCUCAUUGUGAAUGAAGAUGAAGCCACCCCAGCUCCUGAAGAAUUUGCAGAGCCUUCUCCUGCAAGCUCACCUAGCGAUCAAGCGGACAGCGAGGCUUGUGAAGAAAGCGUUCAAGCUGAGAACAAUGAGAUCUGUGAGAUAAAGAAUACAGAAAAGGAAGAAGAACCCAUGGAGGUAGAACCUUCUAUAGAAAAAAGCUACUCCAAUCCAGGCACCUCUAGUACAGCUACGCCACUACCUCAAAUUAGCGAGCCACCUUCUUUGACAGGUUAUAACAUGCCAAACACUAAUGUAACCUUAGAGACAUUGUUGAGCACUAAAGUGGCAGUUGCACAAUUCUCGCAGAGUACAAGAUGUGCAGCUAACGCAACCGCAGCGAGUGGGGUUACAGCAAUGGCCAUCCCAAUGAUUCUUGAGCAGCUGAUGGCGUUGCAACAGCAGCAGAUUCACCAGUUGCAGCUGAUCGAACAGAUCCGGAGUCAGGUGGCCAUGAUGAACCGACAGCCAUUACGUCCUACUUUAAACACGACUCCUUCCCAAAGCACUCCUGUGCAAGCCACUAACCAGCUCCAGGGAUUUGCCGCAAACUCUGCUCUUCAGUUAGCAGCAGUUGUUCCUUCUGCCAUAGUGGCCCAAGCCACUGGCAAUCCACCAACUGCCUUUGAGAGUACUCAGCACAUAUCAAGGCCCACGUCAGGUGCAAGCACUCCUAACAUGUCAAGCAAUGGUUCUUCUGUCCCAAAUGAAACAAGCACACCAUCUUCGUCUAAUGCAAUUACUUCUUCUUCAUUAACACCGGUUUCUGUGUCAAAUAUUACUAGCAGCUCUUCACAGCCCCCAAACCCUUCAACUCCACCUUCAGUAGGACCUGGAAAUCUCCUCGCCUCAACUUCCAGCCUGCCAAACCCACUUCUACCUCAGACUGCAUCCAGUAGUGUAAUUUUCCCCAACCCGCUGGUUAGCAUAGCUGCAACAGCUAAUGCAUUGGAUCCUCUCUCUGCUCUUAUGAAGCAUCGCAAAGGAAAGCCACCAAAUGUAUCCGUUUUUGAGCCUAAGACAAGUUCUGAGGACCCUUUUUUUAAACAUAAAUGUAGAUUUUGUGCCAAGGUUUUUGGGAGUGAUAGCGCUCUACAGAUUCACCUGCGUUCGCACACAGGGGAAAGACCUUUUAAGUGUAACAUUUGUGGCAAUCGGUUUUCUACUAAAGGCAAUCUAAAAGUUCAUUUUCAGAGACAUAAAGAAAAGUAUCCACACAUUCAGAUGAAUCCAUAUCCGGUUCCAGAAUACCUCGACAAUGUUCCCACUUGUUCCGGAAUUCCAUAUGGGAUGUCAUUGCCACCAGAAAAACCAGUUACUACAUGGCUGGAUAGCAAGCCCGUUUUAUCAACUGUCCCAACUUCAAUUAGUCUGCAACUUCCCCCUACAAUACCAGGCGUAAACAGUUACGGGGAUUCCCCAAGUAUUACUCCCAUGAACAGAUCACCCCAGAGAACAUCCCCCGUGUCAAGUGAAUGCACUUCUUUAUCCCCAAGCCUAAACAAUUCUGAGUCAGGCAUUCCUUUGUCUGCAGAAUCCCCACAACCAAUUCAUGGUAGUUCAACCAUGACUAAAACUGAACCUGUUAAUAUUCCAGUAACAAAUGCAAGGCUGGGAGAUAUUUCUAUAAGUGGUCAGGUUUCUGUAGUACCCACCUCUACAGCUUCUAGUGCUGUUACUGAAAGCAGUAUUUCUACAAGCCUCCCAAACACUGUGCUUCCAGCAUUGUCUGACCAGUUCAAGGCUAAAUUUCCAUUUGGUGGUCUAUUGGACUCUAUGCAAACAUCAGAAACCUCAAAACUGCAACAGCUAGUAGAAAACAUUGAUAAGAAGAUGACAGAUCCAAAUCAGUGUGUCAUUUGUCACCGUGUGCUCAGUUGUCAGAGUGCUCUCAAGAUGCAUUAUAGAACUCAUACAGGAGAAAGACCAUUUAAAUGCAAAAUUUGUGGACGUGCAUUUACUACAAAAGGCAAUCUAAAAACACAUUUUGGAGUUCAUCGAGCGAAGCCACCACUUAGAGUACAGCAUUCAUGUCCCAUUUGUCAGAAGAAAUUUACAAAUGCUGUUGUUCUUCAGCAGCAUAUUCGUAUGCAUAUGGGUGGGCAAAUUCCAAACACACCAUUACCAGAUGGCUUCCAAGAUGCUAUGGACUCAGAGCUUUCUUUUGAUGAAAAGAAUGCAGAGACACUGAGCAACUAUGAUGAUGAUAUCGAUGAAAAUUCCAUGGAGGAGGACAUCGAAUUAAAAGAUAAUAUAAGAGACCCCUCCAUGCCACUUCUACCUUAUUCUGGAUCGUGUCCAUCUUCUCCCCCAUCUGUAAUUUCUAGCAUUGCUGCUCUUGAGAAUCAAAUGAAAAUGAUCGAUUCUGUCAUGAACUGCCAACAGUUGACCAAUUUAAAAUCUUUAGAAAAUGGGUCAGGGGAAAGUGACCACUUAAGCAAUGAUUCUUCAUCAGCUGUUGGAGAUCUGGAAAGUCAGAGUGCAGGGAGUCCUGCCAUGUCAGAAUCAUCUUCAUCCAUGCAAGCGCUGUCUCCUGAAAAUAGCAACUGUGAAAGUUUUAGAUCUAAGUCACCAGGUUUCAGUAACCACGAGGAACCACAAGAAAUACAAUUAAAGAAAGAAAAAUCUGACAGUCCCCCACCACCUACUAUUGAAAAUGGAGGCGCAUUGGAUCUGACAGCCACCAACCCCGGGAGGCCAGUCAUCAAAGAAGAAGGUCCUUUUAGCCUGCUGUUCCUGAACAGAGAACGUGGUCCCAGCCAAAGUACUCCUAGCCUGGUCACCAGCACUGCGCCUACUAUGAUCAAAAUGGAAGUGAAUGGUCACAGCAAGCCGAUCUCAUUGGGCGAGGUUCCAUCGCUUCCAGCUGGAAUCCAGGUUCCUGCUGCACCACAGACAGUGAUGAGUCCUAGCAUCACCCCUAUGCUGGCACCCCCACCACGUCGAACUCCAAAACAACACAACUGUCAGUCAUGUGGGAAGACCUUCUCCUCAGCAAGUGCGCUACAGAUACAUGAACGCACCCAUACUGGUGAAAAGCCAUUUGGAUGCACUAUCUGUGGUAGAGCUUUUACCACAAAAGGGAAUCUUAAGGUUCACAUGGGAACUCAUAUGUGGAAUAAUGCUCCUGCACGGCGUGGGCGUCGACUGUCCGUGGAAAAUCCCAUGGCUUUGUUAGGUGGGGAUGCUUUGAAGUUUUCAGAAAUGUUCCAGAAGGAUUUAGCAGCUCGGGCAAUGAAUGUUGACCCAAAUUUUUGGAACCAGUAUGCUGCAGCUAUUACUAAUGGACUUGCGAUGAAGAACAAUGAAAUUUCUGUCAUACAGAAUGGAGGCAUACCCCAGCUCCCAGUAAGUUUAGGCGGAAGUGCCAUUCCGUCUUUAAGUAACAUUUCCAGUGGAAUGGACAAAGCUCGUACUGGUAGUAGCCCUCCCAUCAUUGGUUUGGACAAAGCGAAUUCUGAAACGGGAGCCAAUCGUCCAUUCACAAGGUUUAUUGAGGAUAAUAAAGAGAUUGGCAUAAAUUAA